UCAGUCACGUGAUCAGGCGCUCGUCUGUUGCAGGAAGUGGAAUGAAGAUGGCGGUUUCUACGCGGCUGCUCACCGAAUCCGUGUUAGGAUGGUCUAUUUUCACUCUUGUACUGUUGGUUAUUCUGGCUUUCUGUUGGAUCUACAUUCGAAACUACCAGAGUCGGCAGGAGAGUGAAGUCAUCUCCACCAUCACGGCCAUAUGCGCUCUGGCUAUUGCGCUCAUCACAUCAGCUCUCCUCCCAGUGGAUAUUUUUCUAGUGUCAUUCAUGAAAUAUCAGAAUGGCACAUACAAGGACUGGGCAACAAAUAAUGAAACCAGGAGGCAAAUUGAAGACACAGUCUUAUAUGGAUAUUACACUCUGUACUCCAUCAUCCUCUUCUGUGUCUUCUUCUGGAUUCCCUUUGUUUACUUCUACUACGAGGAGAAAAAUGAUGACGACACCAACAAGUGCUCGCAAGCAAAAAAUGCAUUGAAGUACACUGUUGCAUUUGUCAUAAUCUGUGCUGCGCUUCUCUUGAUUGGGGCCUUUGCACCACUGUUGCCUCCACCCAGUCAGAAUUCUACCCAAUGGGACAAACUACAGUACCUGUUCAAGGAGUUGGGCAGCAGCAAUGGUGUGGUGGCACUGUCUUUCUCCAUCAGCUCCCUGACUUUGAUUGGUAUGCUGGCAGUGAUCACGUACACAGCGUACGGCAUGUCUGUGCUCCCGCUGAACCUGAUCAAAGGCACUCGCAGUGUCCUUUAUGAGCGCCUGGAGAACACUGAGGACAUCGGGGAGGUCGAGGACCAGAUUGAGAAGCUGAAAGCUAAGUGUGCGGAGGGAAGGCCACUCUCUUUGAGGGACCGGAGGAACCUGCAGGAGCUGGAGGCUAAGCUUCUGAUGCUGCACCGCCGGGGGCAUCACCUUGAGAAUGCUGAAAGGAAUUGCUGUGCUAAAAUGAGCAGGGCCUUCUAUCCCUUAAAGGUUUUGUUUGGCGUUUUCUUCAUUGGAGUGGCGCUUCUCUUCUUCAUAUCUCUCUUCAUUUCUAAUUUGGACAAAGCUCUGCAUUCAUCUGGGAUGAGCACCGGCCUGAUUCUGUUCGGAACAAACCUUACAAACCCCUUAAAUGAGCUGCUGCUGCUAAUGCAACCGGUUUUUCCUCUUGACUAUGUGUUGAUCACUGUUAUCACCAUGUACUUUGUGUUCACCUCCAUGGCAGGCAUUCGUGAAAUGGGCAUAUGGUUUUUCUGGAUAAGGUUGUACAAGAUAAGACCACAAAGAACUCGUCCACAGGCCCUGCUCUUCCUCUGCAUGAUCCUGCUCCUGAUUGUGCUUCACACCAGCUACAUGAUCUACAGCCUCGCCCCUCAGUAUGUCAUGUAUGGCAGUCAAAAGUACCUCUGGCAGGAAAACAGCACUGCUGCCAUCACCAAGACAUGUGAUGCAGAUGCUCCGGAUGAUCAGUGCACAGUGACCAGAUCUUACCUUUUCUUGCACAAGUUUUGGUUCUUCAGCACUAUCUACUACUUUGGCAACUGGGCAUUUCUCACAGUGUUUCUCAUUGGUUUGGUGGUGUCCUGCUGUAAAGGGAAGAAGUCAGUGAUCGAGGGUGAAGUGGAAGCUGAUGAUUCUGACUGCAGUGAUGACGAGUAUUUGCACUAAUAUUACAAAAGUGGUUAAAGUGUGUUAUUUUUUGUGUAUUGCUUCUUAAAUCCAAGGAGUUGUUAAUGUAUUGGGUAAUUAUAUAUAUAUAUAUAUAUAUAUAUAUAUAUAUAUAUAUAUAUAUAUAUAUAUAAAAGGAAAAAAAGUUGCAUUGCCAGACAAUAUAUGUUUUGGAUCUGGUUUAAACUGUUUGUGGGGGAAAAAAGAAAUUGAGAUCAUUUGACAUUAAAGACUUUCACUGCAUUUUUUAAAGCUAGAGAAAGUAAGGAAAUAGGAUUAAACAAUGCUCUCUAUAUUUUUCUUAAUAAAUGUUCUGCAUGGAAAUAAACAAACAAACAAGAAAUGAAAGACUUUUCUUAAGCAUUCUUUGAUUUAGUAUUUUCUGGCUGUGUGUGUGGAGAUGAUGAUGUUACAUUGCCUACUGAUGAUGAUGUUUCUGACUGAGAAUAUAAUAGUUAUUUUGAUUACGUUCUAGCAGAAUUUUUAAACAGAAAUCUGCCAUAUUUAGAGCCCGGAUAUGAUGUAAAGCACAAUCAGAAGUGUAUUUGCUGUUUUGGAAAUGAUCUUUGUUUAUUCGAUUGAAUAAAAGAUGUGAAAACUUGGAA